AUGGCGGAAUUCAGAUUCCAAGCUGCCGUGACUGAGCCCACCGAGCAAGCAACAGCCUCUCGGCUGAGCGAGACUGCGUCGGUAUUUAAUAACCCGCUAGCGAUGCCUCUCCAAGGUGCAAAAGCCAGUAUCCAAGGCAUGCCCGUCCAUGAACUCCAUCCCAUCGAGGUUUAUAACAUGCAGCACCCCGUUGAGCAAACUGUAGCUCCAGGGUCCGAGCAUUUUGAGUUCGGAGAAGGAAGUUCCAGUGGAGAAGAGGGACCAAACAUUGAGCCGCAAAUGGCUUCGAUCAUGGGUGAGCGGCCCUACAAGGCCCAGAAGUCCGCGAAACAGAAAACUCCAGCCAUGAUCAAAAAUGGCCAGGCUGGCGCCAUUGCUAGAGAAGAUGCUGCUCGCCUCAAGGCAGACCAGAGAACGGCUGAUGAAAUCUACGGCACCGACGGCCCGGUGACUGAAGUAUCACAUCCACACACAUUCUCGGUGCAGUUCCUAGAGCAUGGCCUCGCAAUGGACGCAGAUUUUAUGGGAGUGCGUAGCUUCCAAAACUGUCUGGAACGCUACGUUGCUAGAGAGUCACCAAAAAAACAGCGUUCUUCUCAUAGACCUGCGGACACUCUCCAACGCAUCAAGGAGAAGAACCCAAUUCCUCCAUUGCACUACCCAAGGAAUAAAGGACAGGUUUGCGCAAGCUGGAGAUAUGAGCUCAAAACAAAGUGGGUCACCUACGAAGGAGAUGUCUACGGAGUCAAAGACGGAGUCAGAGCAGACGUCCCAGAAGUGCCAACAGAACAUUGGUACACCCUCCUUGCCGGGAUCCACCAUGAUCACGGGCACCAGGGUCGGGACGCAGUCUUCGAAAAAGUCAAACCGAUCACCGCGAGUAUUUCCAAGGGCUUUGUGGCCGCGUACGUCGCAUGCUGCUGCUUACAGAGCAAGUCAUCCACUCGUAAGGACAAGAACGUACGCGAAGCCUUUGCCGGACAGGAGCUUGCAAAGUCCGGCAAGCCCUCGAAGGGCAAGAAGCGGGCGAUCGAGGAGGCUGACCCCGAGUCUCCAUCUCCACCGGCCAGAAGGCCGAGAGCGCAUUCCACCGAGCCAGUUAUGGUGAACGCCGGUGAUGAGCAAGUUGCGUCCUUGCGAAAUGACUAUAGUCCGCCCCAAAUGGGUGUGGAGCUCCCAAUUGCCAUGGCAGACCCAUACCGGGAUGUCGCUGGCCCGGUUGAGAACAACGGGAUGGUGACCGCGCACCAAGCCGCUCCGCAGAUCCCGGAAGGUCUGAACAAUACUUUGUCCUUCGACGUGGCGGGUAUCGCAGCAGUGGCUCCUGUUGCUCCUGGGUCAGAAUCGACCCCAGACGACUCUUGGCUUUGGCUAGAGGACGUGAACGGAUCGGGUGCCGAAGAAUGGCAAGGUGAUGACAGCGAUUGGCUAAAGCAAACUGCCUCUGAUGUGUUGGGACUCCCAAGCUUGGGCGGGAGCUUCCACACAGAAGUCGUGGCGAGCGAACAAGCCUCGCAAGCUACGAUAGACCCACGCUUAUUGACACUUCCUGCACAAGGGGACAAUACCAGUCACCCGCAGUCGAACGUCAAUAACCCUGGGCUAUCGUUGGGCCUUGAGGACCCAUCUGUUGAUACAUACGGCAGUUUCUCAGAUGCGGAAUUCGGCCAGUUGGUGGACGACAUGUCAGAAUGGUUUAUAGCCGAACACCCGUUGGAUCCUAGACCCUAAUCGGCAUAGAUGGAUCAAGAUUUUGCAUUAGCGGGAGUUUAAAAAGCGUCAAGCACGGAAAAGGAAAAACGGAUAUACCCAGGAGAAGAAGCGGCAACGGAGU